GGACUGGGUUGUUUAAUUAACCAAGAGCUCAUUUUGUGUCUCUGUAAAACUGUGUGUGUAUAAGCACAGAAUUAGGGAUGGGAAUUAAUAAGAAAAUAGUGGUUCCAAUUCCAUUAUCAAUAUCACUUCAUGGAUUCAAUUCAAUUCCAUAUGAAUUCUCAUUGGGUUCCAAAAUAUAUAUUUUGGCUCUGCUUUAAGAAUCACCACCAUUGCUAAACAGCAUAUCAAAGACAUCAUAUUCACUCUAAUUAAUUGCAUGCUGUGUGCAUAAUGUAUUACAUAUGUUACAUAGAACACUGUGCAACACACACAAAGUUGUGUCAGCAGCAUAAAGCAGUUGUUUUUGUCCUAGUCAUGAAUUUAUUAAUUUUAUUUGGAAAUGCAAUAAAACAUUUUCCGCUGUCCAAAGUUGUUCCAGAAACCCCCACACAGGAUUGAACCAGCUGAAUGUGAAAUAAUGUCCACGAAGCAGGCUGUGAUGGGAGCAUAGUGAGAGCUGCACGUAGGCCUACACAGAACAGCUGUUCUGAUCACACAGUAUGUGGCACUGCUGGUGGAUCAUGCUCUGCUUUCUGUUUACUGCAGAAGUUCAGUAGCAGUGUUGCAUUUUUCUCACAAUUGCUUAUUAAUUAGUUGUGUUGGAGCACACAUAAUUAACAUUUUCUCUCUCAGAAUCAUUUCAACAGCGAAUGUCUAUUUAAAGCAUAGUUUCUGACAUCACUGAAAUUUCUAUGAAGUCUUGUCAUAGCUUGGGAUGACCAAUUAUUUAAAAAAUGUUUAGAAUUUAUGGUUCGCUGUUUAAGACUACUUUCAAUAAAAAGGUAUUUGUGAUGUGUUAUAGAUUGAGAGUGAAUAUUAAAUGUGAAAUUUCCACCAUGACAUGCAGGAAAGUCACCACAUGUACUGUUAGUUAAAUGGUACAGUAUUAUCAGUUAAAGUCAAUAAAAUGCACGCUCACACACUAACACACACACACACACAUGCACGUGUGCACACGCACAGUCUGACGUCUAUUCUGUGUUGUCUGAAAUGAUGCAUCCUCUGUAUCACUGCUUAUGUAUUUAUUAAAAAAAAAAACUUGCCAAGAAACAGCUGGGGUUCUUGACAGAGUAGAGCUGUGUGUUUGUGCAUUUUUGUGUGUUUGACUAUGUGCGUGUGUGACAGAGCAGCUGAUCUUUUCCUUGCUGUUUCUAAUUUGCACAUCACCAUAAUGUUUUACAAUCCCACUUUCAGUAAGUCCCUCCUCUGUCUCAGCUUAAUGCUGUUUUAACUCUGAGCAGACUUGAGGAGCACUGAGCCAGCCAGUCCCUUUGGUGACCGAGCAGCGUGGGGACCUGUGUGGGAAUAAAAGCUACUUUGACCUGCUCCUUAUUCACAAGGGUAUCGCCACUGCGGGCUGCUCUGCAUCUUUGAUUUGGCAGUGUUUUUGUGCUGGAUGCCCUUUCUGACCCAACCCCAAAGGGAUUUGUGUCUACCUCCAGCAUUGAAGUUUGCAGUUUGUAAAUCAUCGUCCAGCUCUGAAAUGGCUGACAGGAAGCUGGAUGGCUUUGGACAGAUUUGGAUGGUAGCGCUCAUACUGCUGUGUAAUCCAGCAACGUUUAUGGUGAAGGCAAGCCUGGCGAUCAAUGAAACCCAGCAGCAGUCUUCAACCAGUGUCUACAAUGACAUUACGGUCACCAGGAACAAGAUAGUCACAGCCCAGUUUGAGUGCUAUCAAAAGUUAAUGAAAGAAAAUACCCACAGCAGACAAGAACCUGUGUGCAAUCGCACGUGGGACGGCUGGCUUUGCUGGGAUGACACCAAAGCAGGAGUUACAUCCGAGCAGCACUGCCCGGACUACUUCCAGGAUUUUGAUCCAUCAGAGAUGGUCACAAAGAUUUGCACUGACAGUGGUCAAUGGUUUCUGCAUCCGGAGAGCAACAGGACAUGGACCAACUACACCCGCUGCAAUGAGCACACUGUAGAAGGCAGAAUGACUGCAAUGAACCUUUUCUACCUUGCCCUCAUAGGACAUGGGCUGUCUCUGACUUCCCUCCUCAUCUCCCUAGCAAUUUUUUUCCAUUUCAAGAGUUUGAGCUGUCAAAGGAUCACCCUUCAUAAGAACCUCUUCUUCUCUUUUGUUCUGAACUCUGUGAUCACCAUCAUCUUGCUGAGUGCAGUGGCCAACAACCAGGAGCUCGUGCAGAGGAAUCCAACAAGCUGUAAAGUGUCCCAGUUUAUUCAUCUGUACCUGUUUGGCUGUAAUUACUUCUGGAUGCUGUGUGAGGGGAUAUAUUUGCACACUCUCAUCGUGGUGGCAGUGUUUGCUGAGAAGCAGCAUCUGAUGUGGUACUAUCUCCUAGGAUGGGGCUUUCCUCUUAUCCCAGCCACCAUACACGCCGUCGCUCGGAGCUACUACUACAACGACAACUGCUGGAUUAGCUCGAAAACAUCACUGCUCUACAUCAUCCACGGCCCCAUCUGUGCUGCUCUUUUGGUUAAUUUGUUCUUUCUACUCAACAUUGUGCGAGUUCUCAUCACCAAACUGAAGGUGACCCAUCAAGCAGAAUCAAGUCUCUACAUGAAAGCUGUGAGAGCCACGCUCAUCCUGGUCCCUCUGCUUGGAAUUCAGUACGUCCUGCUUCCCUACAAGCCAGAGGGACGGGUCUCUUCGGAAAUAUAUGACUACAUCAUGCACAUACUAAUGCAUUACCAGGGUCUGCUUGUGGCCACCAUCUUCUGUUUUUUCAAUGGAGAAGUCCAAGCUGUUCUGAGGCGGCACUGGAACCAGUAUCAUAUCCAGUUUGGCAGCAGCAUAGGAAACCACUCGGAUGCCCUGCGCUCAGCAUCCUACACAGCUUCCUCCAUCACCGAGGUACAGGGCUGCUACAGCAUCGACGGUCACUCGGAACACAUGAACGGCAAAGGCUGCCACGACACAGAUGCCUCCAUACUGAAGUCAGACAGCCCCUUCGCCUGACACAAACAGUGCUCUCAGACUCUGUCCAUCCCACCAUCACCCUUAAAAUCUGCCACAUGCUUGGAGCUCGCCAUCCGGGAAAACUGGCCACUUCCCAUAGAUACAUAGAGGAAAACGAGUGAGGGGGAAAAAAAGGAUUGUACAUCCGGGCUCUCACGCAUCUGUAGGAAAUUAUAACUUCUUAUCCACACCAACACAGGCCCUUUAACUGUACUGUACAGUGAGCUUGAUACAGCUACUCCUGCGCUGUGCUUUGUCUACAAUUUGCAUCUGAACUGCUUUACUUGGACUACGAUGCUUUCAGAUCUUUCAGCCUGACUAAAUCAUUUUUAAAUCAAUAAUUACUGACGCUUGAUUAUCCUCCCAGGUUCAUGUUGUGCACAAAAGGCCUUUUGUUACACUGUAAAUUCUUUUGACACGGUUAGUGCCAAACCAAGAAAUCUUGCCUGCCUCAUUUAUUUUUUCAUUAUCAAUAAUGAAUCAGAUAGGACGUCUAACAUGUGCAUAUUGAAGUAUUAAACAUAUCUGUAUCUUUCACAUGUUAAACUUAAUUUAUCAACAUAUUCUUGUUUAUUAAAUGAAAAUGGAUUAAAUAUCAUACAGUAUUUAUGAAAGGUUUAUAUGAUACAUGUUUUUUUGUUUUUCAAAAUUAAAUACUGAUAUGACUUGCCAGCAGCACAUAAACUUUUCUUUGUUUCAGUGUGCAGUUCAUGUGUGUGCAGUUCAUGUGGGCGAUUUUGGUUCAUGCCACUAGCUCACGUUCUUCAUUUCUAGUCAUGCUGAUGUUUGCACAUGCUCAAGUGAUCCUUACUAACGUGUGCAUCAGUUAGGCCACAUGGUUGCAAUGUUAACACAAUAUUAUCAAAGAGAAGCCACAUUUGAAUGUUGACAGUCAAUGGUGCGUUUGUUUUUUUGUUUUUUAACUGGAACACCCCCCUCAAAUCUGACUUCCAACUCAAAAGGUUGGAGAAUUCCCACCAACAACGAUUUUACAAUCCAGUAUAGCAGUGCAUGUAAUCUGUAAAGCUACUAUUGUGUAUUUCUGACUUGCUGAAUAAGCCAUAUGCAGAGCAUUGACCACGUUUUAUGUGUGAACAUGCAGCAGCGGUGUUUUUAAGCUUAUAAAAUAAGCAAAGCGCUAUAUUGCUAGUCAUGCAUGAAUGGCUUUACCUUGCGAACGAGCAGAAGCAGCUAGGACGCAUUCGGCUCGGGAGUGACAUCGCACCCCGCUCUGACGUGCAACUUCCGAGGCAAAUGAAAUGCAGCAUUUGUUUAAAGACUUGGCUUCCUUAAGCACACGUCACAUUCCCUUUCACUGCUGUCUUUACAUACCCCUCUUAAAGCAUUUAGAAAUAAUUAAGAUGUCAACAGUACUCAGUUUUCAGACUGAAUACAGGAAGUUAAUUGGAUGAGGAGCUGCUUUUUCCAGUACCGUAGUAGGAAGAAAAUUAAAUCAAAUUGAAGAAGACCAGAAUUAUUAAUGUGCGCAGAGAAAGAGGAGAAAGAUUUAAUCCCUCUUGUGUAAUGAACAAAGCCAUGUUUCUGUUUCUUUAUAGUGCAACUGUUAGAAAUUAUGGUAGAUUCACUUCCAUCUUCUUCGAAGCCAGUACACAUUCUUUUCUACCUAAAUUGAAUCUGUAUCUUAAUGUUAGCAAGCGUACUAUCUGUACUAAAAAGCUUGCCGAUUUGUAAGAGACUCACUUUAUCUGAGAACUUCAGGCCGCUGAAUCCCGAUAUAGGUGGGCUUACUUUUGCAUUUUGUCCCCGUCUUUUUAAAGGAUAGUCAUGCUACGAAACAAUGUCUUAAGGCCAGUAUGAACGUUUGAGUUCAGUGAUCAUGUAAUCAGUUUGCACAUAAAAAAUGGAAAGUGCAAUAGAACCAGGAUAAAUCAUGAUGCAAAUGAAGCAAGCAACAUGAAUGUCCACUAACGCUUCCCACUACGCUGAAGAAAUUAAAAAAUGGCAAAAGAGAAGAAGCAUUAGAUCUGUGUGAAGUGUCAAGGAAUAACGUUCCUUAUUUUCAUGCAUGAGCAAAUUAUACAAAUCCCCAAAACUUCCACUGCCUGUUUGUUUUAGGUCUGACUGGUGCUUUCUCAGUUACUUUUAUAUGAAUCCUGUCUGGGGCAAAAACCUUCUUACCUCAGUGAACCAAAUCUUUAUAGUGAUUAGUGGAUAAAAGUGCAUGCAUUAAUUUAGCCAUCCCCAGGGCUGAAAUACUGAUGUUUUGUCAAAGCCAUUGGAGUCUCCAAUACUUACAAGGUUGUGGUACUACAACACACCAAGUUUAAGGGAUCUCUUGCCCCCAGAUCGUCACGUAUAGACACUUGUAGAGGAGCUCUUGGUGUUGUAUUUAACCACACUGGUUUAGAGCAAUUUUUAUAUACACAGGGUUAUGAAUUUACAAACCAUGAUCCUUUCCUAUACCUGGUAGUUUUAUUAUUCACUACUAUUAUUUCUGAUAUUUCUGUAUGGGACGCCAGUGGUAUCUGAUAAAAUGUUGUUAUAUUGUGACCAGGGAUGAAAACACACAAUUUACUGUGAUUUAUUUUAAGGCUAAAACUAUUUCAUUCCCUGAGAGUGAGGUAUAAAGAAAACCUUUCCAAGUCAUCCUGGUGCACUAUGGUAUAACUUGGGCUAAGGUAUAUGAGCCCUCUGCUUUAGCAUAGUGCUAAUGCUAGUCUGCACACAGCCUUAUUAAGAAGUACACAUGAUAAACUUGUCACAUGUUACAUGACAAAAAACCAAAAAAAACCCACUAAAAAUUGUAAAAAUGUGUACUGACAGUUUGAAAGCAUUUAGUUCAUUUUUAAAUGUGUGUUCUUAGUGCUCAUUCACAUCACAGAACCUUCUUUGGACUUUUGUUUCUUUUUUUUAUUUGUCUUUUUUCUCUUCACUGUAAAUCAUUUUAACACAUUUUCCAUAAUGCUGGGAACACACGUCACUAUCAGUCAAUGUAAAUAUUUUGUAAAUCUAACAUUUCUGCAAAGAGGACAAGUGUGAGUGUGCGUAUGCAUGAUUUAUAUAUACAGUAUUAAUGAGUAUAGUAUACUCAUGAAAGCAUUCAACCACUGUUUGUGUGUGUUUUUUUUAAAUGGAGGGAAAUAGGAUGAAUAUAGUAACUCUUUCAUAAGAUUCAUUUGUGAAAAAUUUCAUGGCUAUCUGAAAUAACCACCAAUGAAGAGGUCAAUACAUUUACAUUGCUGGCUAUUCAUUUAUGUAUGAUAACUGUUGUAUGUUUUGAUUGUCAGUCUUUAAUACAGCUGUGACUUAAAGCACUUAUUUCUACACUAAACAAUGAAUUGGCGUAUUUUUAAGAAACAUUAUUCGUAAGUGGUUAAUGUUUGAGGCAAAACCAAUCAGUUUGCGUCAUAUGUUCUCAAUAUUCAUUCUGUAUUGAUUCUAUGUGAGAUCAGGCUUUAAUAUCCAACAUACAGUUUGUAGUUUUAUCAUAUCAGAUCUGCAGGACAGUUUCUUCAUUUAAACAUAAACUAUACAAUCUGCAUGUAUGGUUGACGCUGCACUGCUUUGCAGCAUUUGAUUCAUGUACAAUGAGAAAGCUGUAAAGUAUCCAUAAAUAGUCAUUUAUUCUGUAGUAAUGCCUCAUAAUCAUUGAUGAAAGUAAUUUCAGAUUUGUGGAAACGCCAUAGGGCUUUUGGUAAAUGUAGUAAAUCUUGUGUAUCAUUUAAGUUGUGUAUUUAUGUGUGAAAUGUUUUCAUAUGACUCUCCAAAGGAUUUGUGAUGUCCCCGGUGACACUUGGUAAAAUGUUGUAAAGUAUGACAAAAGCAUUGAGGACUAUGUCUGUAGGUUUUGUUUAUACUGUACUGUAUCUAACUUUGGUAGUCUUGACACAAUGACUUCACACUGCUGUUUGAAUGUAAAUGGUUUUGUUUUAUUCUCUGGAUGUGAAGAACGUAUAUACACAUAUUUACGUACA